AUGGCAGUCUACGCCCGUUACAGCGAGCUCGGGCUGCUCAUCAACGUCGGUUCAACGAGCGCUGAGGUUGUUUGUAGCACCAUGAACUCACUAUCAACUCGGGUAGACCGACAUCCAUCUGGCUUGACUCCAGCUUUCGAAGUCAUGAAGCAGUGGGUCGACGAUUGCCACACAACACAUUCUUGCUCGAACUUUCGCAGAUCUACAAAUAACCCUUCAUACCUCUUGCAGAUUCUCUCUGGGAACAGAGCUAGAGUCGUUAAAGGUCCUGAGCAUUCAGUGAAAUACAUUGUACUCAGUUAUUCAUGGGGCAAUCCAGAAUCGCCCACUAUGAGUCGCGAAGAUUGGAAGGUGAUCAAAGGCGCAGCCACGAAACGACUUGAGAACGGUCAUAUAGUUCCGGAGAGGAGUAAUCCUUUCUCUCGAUCUGAGCUUCCCAAAACAAUGCAAGAUGCGAUAUAUCUUGCCGAGAAAUUUAAUAUUACGUAUAUCUGGAUAGAUAGCGUUUGUAUACCGAAAGGGUCUAACUGGGAUGCUGAAGCGGUGAGAAUGCACGAAGUAUAUGGAAAUGCGCAUUUCACCUUAUGCGCCAGCUCCAGCCGCAAGGCCACCGACAGGAUGAUCGUUGAUAGAGAUGCUUGGAUCUAUCCUAUGAGAGGCUGCAGGAUCGACAAUCAGUGGUUAUCCACGACUUCGAAUCAUCUGAAUGACGUUCGAAUGAAUUCCCCGACCGCCGAUCGAGGUUGGAUAUUACAAGAGGAACGGUUGUCACCAAGGAUCCUUUACUGGACUGGACAAGAAGCAUACUGGUCAUGCUCAGAGUCCCAGCUGAUCGAGCCAUGUCAAACUACUCGGUCUGAUACGCGAAAUAUCCAGCAAUGGAGUCCCGCCUACAAGUUUCUGCAAUUGUGUCGCCAGGGAGACAUCCAUGGCUUGCAAAAUGAAUGGGUAGACCUGGUCGAAUCAUACACUCGGAAGGACUUGGCACAGGGCAAAGAUCGAUUUUUAGCACUGGCUGGCUUGGCCACGUGCUAUUUUGAAGCCAUAUCAAACCCCGGAUUCGUCUUUCCGGAGGAAUACCUAGCUGGACUAUGGCGCACAGAUUUGGGAAGACAGUUGACCUGGUCAGUCUCGGCAGCAGUACCAUAUGACAAAAAUCUUCUUAGCAUCGCUCCAUCAUGGUCGUGGGCUUCUCUCCCAUUGCGAACUAAAACGCGAAUGCGACAUCCUUUCACGAUGGCAACUCGAUUCAAGGUUAUGCAGGAUAUACAGCCCUAUGAUGAUCGAACGUUGAAUGUUGUAGUCACACGAGGUGCUUAUAUCAAGAGCGUGGAAGUGAGCGGCCGGCUGAGACCUUUUCUUACACCAGCAGCUAAACACGUUACUUGGCAGUCUAUCAUACGGAUGUAUGCUGGGGAAGAGAAGUUCACUUUUGCUGCGGCACCCGAGCAGUCCGUCUACGCGAGGAAUCAACAAAGCGGACAAAUUCUUUUUUAUGAAGCUUGGAAAGAAGAGAUUGUCGGCCAACUCGACUAUGUGCCAUCCUUAUGUGGAAGCCAAGCACCACCACACCAUCUAUAUGCGUUCGUGGACGAAGGUGCCGAGACAGAGCUCUUUUGUCUUGAAGUCGGUACGAACGCUAUGCUGCUCCUGAGGAAAAUACAACCGGAAACGGUAGGUCUUAACCGCUAUAUACGUGUUGGUGUGUCAAUUGGCUACCGCAGUAGUUUCUUCAACGGCUGCCAGGAGCAGCAUGUGUUGCUAUGCUAA